AUGGAUGAAAAGUCCACCAACCAACACCGGCUCUAUAUUGCCCUGGUGAUGGUGUUGCUCUUUGGUGUCAUUGUGCUUCAGUACGUUUGUCCUAGCUCCGAUUGCCAGCUGUUGCACCUAGGAUCAUUGUCCUCCAAGUCGGGCGGCAAUGCCAUUGGGUCCCGGGAAGAGAUAAACGACAUUGGCCUCAGUGGAAAGGACCCGUACGUCGCUGAGGACGGUGCCCUAGCCCGGUUCGUUCCCCGCUUCAAUUUCACAACUUCCGACCUCAGUCGCCUCGUAGACUUCAAUAUCAAGGGAGACGAUGUUAUUGUUUUUCUUCACAUCCAGAAGACAGGGGGCACAACCUUUGGUCGACAUUUAGUGCGUAAUAUUCAACUCGAGAGGCCUUGUGAGUGUCAUGCUGGCCAAAAGAAAUGUACCUGUUACCGGCCAGGUAAAAGGGAAACGUGGCUUUUCUCCCGGUUCUCCACCGGAUGGAGCUGCGGUCUUCACGCGGACUGGACGGAGCUGAUCAACUGUGUGCCGUCCCUCAUGAACAUGCGUGAGCCACCCAAGAAGCCUACAGUUCCCAGGUGAGUGUCACUCAAGAGAAUGGCGAGGAAUGGAUUUGAAAUGAAUUGUAGACGAAUAUUUCAAUUUGUUCAGCAUCUUCUCCCUAAAUUGAAUUCACAGCCCGUAUUUUAUUAUGUAUGAUCAUUCAGAGGAUUGACAAAUGCAUCCAUGCUUCUGUAGGGUUGAAAGGGGGGGGGGGGGGUUACAUCUGCAGGCACCAGAACAGACUAUGGCAGGCGCACAGUACUACAUAGAGCCAUGACUACAUGGAACUCUAUUCCACAUCAAGUAACUCAUGCAAGCAGUCAAAUUAGAUUUAAAAAACAGAUAAAAAAAUACACCUUAUGGAACAGCAUGGACUGUGAAGCAACACAAACAAUGGCACAGAACCAUGCAUACAUACGCACUUAACACGUACACAUGGAUUUUGUGUUAUAGAUAUGUGGUAGUAGAGUAAGUGCCUGAGGGCACACACUUAAUGUGUUGUGAGAUCUGUUGUGAAUGUAUUGUAAUGUUUUUAAAAUUGUAUAACUGCCUUAAUUUUGGGGAUCCAUAAUACAUAGAAAUAGCUCUAUUGUGACAUUUCAUCCCAGUCCUCUGGAGUGCAGGAGUGAGCCUCAACUUUCUCUUUUACAACUGAUGUGUGUGGCUAAAUGCGUCUGACAUGAUUUCGUUUUCUUCGUUUGAGUGGUAAUCGUGAUUUGCCUGGUGGUGUUAGUGUUUGUGUAGCUGCUCUUAUGUCUCUCUGGGUCAGUGUAAAAUGUGUUGUGAGCCUAGUUGUUGGGGAAAUUUGUGUUUUUGGGAGGUGUAAGAAUUAAAUAUUGUUGGCACUCUGCAUGAACUCACACUUUGAGGGCAUGAUUGGGUGGGUGUGUUGGGUGAUCUGCAGAGAGACUGGGGUAGACCAGUGAGAGGGUUGGGAACUUGGAAGACGGGAGCAUACAGAGGCUGUGUCCCAAAUUACCCCCUAUUAUUCCUCUAUAUAGUGCACUGGUUUUGAUCAGAGGCCCUGGUCAGAAGUAGUGCAGUGAGUGAGUGAGCAGUGAGGCCAUUUAGUUGGUUAUUAUUAGAUUAGGUGACAUUACAGAGGUGCUGAAUCCAAAACCCCAAAUAUAAAGACAAAUUAACUGACCUAGGUCUCUUCUCUCUCAGCCGGAACUACUACUACAUCACCAUCCUGCGUGACCCGGUGUGGCGCUACCUGAGCGAGUGGCGGCACGUGCAGCGCGGUGCCACCUGGAAGGCCUCCCUGCACGUGUGUGACGGGCGCGCCCCCACUCUGGCCGAGCUGCCCAGCUGCUACCCCGGGGAUGACUGGUCGGGCUGCUCCCUGAAGGAUUUCAUGGACUGCCCCUACAACCUGGCCAACAACCGGCAGGUCCGCAUGCUGGCAGAUCUCAGCCUAGUGGGCUGCUACAACGUCUCGGCCAUGAGCGAGGAAGAGCGCUGGGCCGUGUUAUUAGAGAGCGCCAAGCGGAACCUGCGGGGUAUGGCCUUCUUCGGCCUGACAGAGUACCAGAGGAAAACCCAGUACCUGUUUGAGAAGACCUUCCGCCUGGCGUUCAUCGCCCCCUUCACCCAGAUCAACGGCACGCGGGCGGGCAGUGUAGAGGUCGCCCCUGAGACGCAACACCGGAUCCGCCAGCUGAACCAAUGGGAUGUGGAGCUAUACGAAUACGCCCGUGACCUGUUCCUCCAGCGCUUCCAGGUGGCCCGUCAGCAGGAGAGGAGGCAGGCCAGAGAGAAGAGGCAGCAGGAGAGGAGGAGGCUCCGAGGGAGGCUGGGGUCAACUAGGCUGGGGAUGGGGUGGCCGGUGGCGGUGUGGCCCAGCGACAAGCCCCAGUGGACAGAGACCCAGGCUGGGGAGGCGAUCACCACCCACCUACGACCACCCCCACCACCCUCCCCAGAGAUGAAGCAGCAGGAGGGGGAAGAUGGAGAGGCGGUGGAGGCUGAAGUGCGGCUGCCAGAGUGGUGGGAUCUGGAGGAGAACAGCACCAUGGAGGACUACAUGGACAAUGUGGAACAGUGGCGGUAG